GUGCAGGAUUUGACUGUGGUGCGGUUCAACGUUGCUAGACUGUUCCUUGACGCUCUGGGUGAUAUUAUUUAUAGCUCUUAUUGAAGGUAUGGCCUCACAAGUCUUGGUCUACCCAUCACACCUGCACUCAGCUCAAACAAGUGCCAUAGGAACCAGCAACAGUAGUACCAGCAGACCUAAAGACGAAGCCCACCACAGUAAUAACACCAGCAGAACCUUUCAGCAACGACUAGUGUCCAAGACCUAUGUGAUUGGAGUCAACUACGGCAUUGCCUAUCCCAACAACGUUGUCCCAUCCUCCACUGGUGCCGAUUCAGCAAGACAGCACAGGGGGCUGCAGCUUGGAGACAGGGAGGAGUGUGAAUUGCAGACUGCAGGAUUACAGAGAGAAGAGAGACAGGGUGAAGCUGGGAUCCAGGAGUCCCUUUGCCAGAGCAGAGGCCCACAGGAAGUGAGGCUUCGUAGAGACAGCGGUGGAACUCCAUCAGCAGGGGGCUUGGACUGCGGUCCACUGAGCAGGGCCUGCAUCAGAGUAGAGGAGGAAGAGGGCAGAAGAGUAGAAGCGAGAGGAGGAUACGUCAACAUUCAAGACACAGGCGCCAACCAGAGAUGUGAACAGAAAGCAAGCGAAGGUGGAGAACAUCCGCGGGAGAACCACUGCGUCAUGCAGAUAGUGGAGGAGGUAUCUGCUCUACCUUCACUUCCUGCCGCUGUGGCCAUGUUGCAAACCAGUACCGGGAUCAAUGCAGACACUGUAAGAAUAGGGGGUGGAGGGACACUGCCCACUCAGCCGCCACCCGCCAUGGGAAUAAGGGGGGGGGGCACCGACAUCAAGCCUAAUGGCAAUACCGAAGCGGCGGCAGGAGCCACUGUGACCAGAACCGGAUCAGCUGAUGGUGACUAUCAGUUGGUUCAGCACGAGGUUCUGUGCUCCUUGAAGAACAGCUACGAGGUGUUGGAGUUUCUGGGUCGGGGCACCUUCGGUCAGGUAGUGAAGUGCUGGAAGCGGGGGACAAAUGAAGUGGUGGCGGUCAAAAUACUGAAGAACCACCCAUCCUAUGCACGCCAGGGACAGAUCGAGGUGGAGAUCCUGGCCCGGUUGAGCAGCGAGAACGCAGAUGAGCACAAUGUGGUGCGUGCUCUCGAGUGCUUUCAGCACCGAAGCCACACCUGCUUGGUGUUUGAGAUGCUGGAGCAAAACCUCUAUGACUUCCUGAAGCAGAACAAGUUCAGCCCCCUGCCACUCAAAAUCAUCCGGCCCAUUCUGCAGCAGGUGGCAACAGCCUUAAAGAAGCUCAAGUCUCUCGGUUUGAUCCACGCUGACCUGAAGCCAGAGAACAUCAUGCUGGUUGAUCCCUCCAGGCAGCCCUACAGAGUCAAAGUCAUCGAUUUUGGCUCAGCCAGCCAUGUCUCCAAGGCUGUGUGCUCCACUUACCUUCAGUCCAGAUACUACAGGUGCAUGCUUCUUUUCUUCUCUCAUACACCUUGAAAUGACUUGCAGGGG